UGUUGCGCCGCUGCCCUCAGGAUGUCCGCGCACAGCCUGCUCAACAGCGUCUUCUCGUGCUCCUCCUCGCCGGCGGCUGCCGGCAGUCCUCCGCUCUGCCCCAAGAGCUUGUCCAAGCGGGGACUUCGCCAGACUCGCAGUCUGGACCCCGCCGUGAUCGGCCGCUCCGGCGUGGAAGAAGGGACGGCGCUGGAGGGUUCGGCCCGCUCCGCGCGGGCCAAAGGGACGAGUGGUCCUUCGGCCGAAUACUUGGCGGCCUUUUCUUCGCGCGCCCUGCUGCGUCCGCCCGGCGGGGGGCAAAGUUCCUUCUCGCUCUCCGUGCCCAGCACGCCCCUGUCGACCUCGGGCAGCUUCCACUUUGACUAUGAGGGCCCUCGAGGCAAGAGGCUCACGGCGUGGGAGCUGCCUUUCUUGGCGCGCGCACCCUCAGCCUCGGCUCUCAGCGGCGGCUAUGGGGGCAGCGGGGCCAACAGCAUCUUCUUUUCCCCCAGAAAGUGGCUCCAGCAGAGGAAGGGACAGCAUCUGCCCAGCAGUCCCGCCUCUUCCUACGUAGUGUGGAAAGCCGAGAUACAGUGAUCUUGAGAAAGGAUUUCCCUGGUUCCUGGAGCAUUUUUUAAAAAAUGUCUUUAUUGUGGUCAAUGUAAAUAUAUAUAUUUACAUACAUACAUACAUACAUACACACACACACACACACACACACAAAGCUACGGAGGAGGAGAGUGCAUAAACUACUAAAAAUGGCUAUUAAAUUAUUGACAUUUAUAAUUUCUAACGCAAAAGUAUAGUAAAAUAUUAAGAUUACUGGCUAACAUAAUCAAGGAUAAAUGGUUGUUAAUUGAAGAUGAACUCUACAAAAUUACAUGGAAAAUGUGGAUUUAUUCAACAUUAGUUUGAUUAUGUUUAUUAUUUAAUUCCAUUUAUAUGAAGCUUCAAUUGCAGUAGAAGGCACACAGCAGUAUAAUAAAUACAAGUUAAAAACAACAGCAAAUGAAGAAAAAUCAACUACAACAAAAAGCAUUAAGAAACCCUGCAGAGAGUAAGGAAUAUGAUGUGAAUGGAAAUAUGCCAGCUGUGUUGCUGAAAUGACAAGAGGCAAAACAUAUUUUAAGUCCACAACAGCCAGAUAAUAUUUGGAAAGAGCUGAGACAGACAUCUCCCUAAUUCAUUGAGCUAUAAGUAGGAAAAGGACAUAACGUUUCAAAGAAGCUCUCUAAAAACAUAGUACAACAUAGCAUAAAUCAGUAAUUUAGCUAUGCAGACUCUGUAACAGAUUCUGUUAGCAUAAGGAAUCUUUUAAAUCUAGGAUUUCUUGGAAUAAGAUUGUAUGAAGCACAGUAGUACAAAAAUAUAUCUGUAAUAUGUAAAUAUAUCAAGCUGAUCAAGACAUCAAGCUGGCUAAUUGGUUCCCUAAUUGGGCUUUCCAUAUUCUGGAUCCUUUAUCUGAGAUGUGCCUUUUUUAGCCUUAAGGCCAAUAGCAAUUGAGAAGACCAUCAAUAGCAUGGCAGCCUCUCCUUUGCUUCCAAUAUCUUUAACUUCCAAUAUAUAGUGACAAUAUAUUGUCAAUCAAGGUAAUCAGGGUUAAAUUCACAAAGUGUUAACUUUAACCAUUAAUUAA